CUUAAUCUCUCCUUUAAUCUUUAACUUAGCAAGAUCAAUUGAAUGCUAUAAGUAUUUAUUAAACUUGUUUGUAUAACUGGUCUGUGAGCAAGAUCUCAUAUACUUUCUCUGAGUUUGAUCGAAGUUAGCCAUUAUGGAUUUCCAGAAAUGUAUGGUUUUCCUAUACCUUUCUUGUAUCAUCCUGUUAUCAACAGUACAGCCUGAUGAUGAUCUCUUCUGGUACUCACAAUGCGGAGCAAGUGAAAAAAAUUACACACAAAACAGCACAUACCACACCAACCUUAACACAGUUCUUUCGAACCUCUCGUCUAACCUCAACGACUAUGGAUUCUCCAAUGUUUCCAUGGGCGAUAAUCCCGACAGGGUGAGCGCCGUGGCGCUGUGCAGAGGUGACGUUGAGGCGGACAUAUGUCGUAGUUGCGUUGAGGAUGCAGGUGGGAAGACGGUGCAGUGGUGUCCCAAUCAGAAGGAGGCAUUCGGAGGGCACGACGAGUGCAUGAUCCAUUACUCCAACGUUUCCACCCUGGGUUCCUGGUCAAGCUUUCCUGAGAUAUACUUAGCGAAUCCAUAUAAUUCCUCCAUCCCAGAACAGUUCAAUCAAGGUUUACAAAAUUUGCUGGAAGAUCUACGGGGCCGUGCUGCAAAUGGUUUCCCCUUACGCAAGUUUGCGGCAAAUUAUACGAAAGGACCGGACUUCCGGACCAUAUUUGCAGCUGUGCAGUGCUCCCCUGAUUUGGCUGCUCCAAUUUGCUUUGAUUGUUUGACUUCUGCAUUCGAAUUUUACGCAGGAUGUGAAGAAUGCAAAGGCAAGAAAGGGGGGAGAGUAGUAAGCCCUAGCUGCAAUUUUCGCUUUGAGACUAAACGCUUCUACAAUCAUACUUUGAUUGGACCUCCACCAGGGCCAGAUGGUAAUAAUCAAACCGUCAUUAUUGUUGUUUGCAUUGCUGCGGAUCUUAUCGGGAUUGUUAUAUGCAUCUUUGUCAUCUAUAAAAAAUUGAAGAAAAGGAAGGCCCCCAAUAGCAAUACGGAGUGGCUUCUCUGUGGGGGCAGUGUUGUGGAGCCUUCUAUGAAUUUUGAAUUGAGUACCCUACAAAAUGCAACAGACAAUUUCUCAGAAGCAAAUAAGAUUGGAGAAGGAGAUUUUGGUAUUGUAUAUAAGGGUAAACUUCAAAACGGUAAGUUAAUUGCUGUGAAGAGGCUGUCUAAAAGUUCAAGGCAAGGUAAUCUUGAAUUUAAAAAUGAAGUGGAAUUAAUAGCUAAGCUUCAACACAAGAAUUUGGUGAAGUUGUUCGGUUAUUGCCAAGAAGAAGGAGAAAUGAUUCUUGUAUACGAAUUUGUUCCCAAUGGCGGCCUUGAUGACAUUUUAUUUGAUCCUGUGAAACGUGGAUACUUGAAUUGGGAGAGACGCUACAAAAUUAUAGAAAAUAUUGCUAGAGGGCUUGUUUAUCUACACGAAGACUCUCGCCAUCGCAUUAUUCAUCGUGAUCUCAAAGCUAAUAACAUUCUCAUAGACGAAGAUUUAAAUCCAAAAAUUGCAGACUUUGGGAUGGCUAGGUUGUUUGCUUUAAACCAAACCCAAGGCUCUACAAAUACAUUGGUGGGAGCCUACGGAUAUGUGGCACCGGAAUAUGCACGUUAUGGAAAAUUUUCAGAAAAGUCUGAUGUAUAUAGUUUCGGAGUGUUAGUUUUAGAAAUUAUAAGUGGACAGAGAAAUACCAUUCAAUAUGGAGAAUUCACAAGAGACCUUUUAUUCGAUGUUUGGACACAUUGGAAAAAAGGGUCUGUUUUAAAUGUGAUAGAUUCGAUAUUGAAACGUCCAUCAAGUCCAAUGCAUGAGAUAAAGAGAUGCAUCCAUCUGGCGUUGUUGUGUGUUCAAGAAAGUGCAGUAGAUAGACCAAAAAUGUCUCAAGUUCUUCAAAUGCUAAGUCGUAUCUCAUCUGUGAACCCUCCAGAGCCUUUGGACCCUGGAUUUUUUACUCAAGGCAGUGCCAAUUCAUAGGCUCUGAGGCAGUUUAAGAAGAAGAAAAUUUCAUUGGGUGAGCAUAUGGCAACCAAAUUGCCAAUGAGAUUGAGACCUGAUGGAGUGAUGGCAAAUAAUAUUUUAUUUUUAAAUCCGUUUCAGAAUGAGUGGUGAUUGUAUCUGUUUCAAAUAAUUUAUUUCAAAAUUUGUCCCAAAUAUAUUAUUUAAUUAUAAAAAGUUUGAAAUAAGUUUA